GUUUUUCCCUUUUACGUAAGUUGUUCCAAACAUGUUUGUAGCAACCCCCGGUGAUGCACCUUUGGCAAAAGUGGUUUUGGGUCCAAAGAUCAGUGCUGGGACAAGCGACCUGCCUGCAGCAAACAAGAGUCCGCAGAGUAUAAAACCCCAGCAGCACGGUGGAGCGCGGGACACCCUGAGCCACGCCGAGGGGCAGCGGCUGCAGAGGAGGAUGGAGGCCAGCAUGAACCUCCUGCACGAUGUGGGCAUCCAGGCGACACACUGGCUGCAGGAGCACUUCCAGGGCUCCCAGGACUGGUUCCUCUUCAUCUCCUUCGCCGCCGACCUCAGGAACGCUUUCUUCGUCCUCUUCCCUAUCUGGUUCCACUUUAGCGAGUCAGUGGGCAUCAGGCUCGUCUGGGUGGCUGUGAUCGGUGACUGGCUCAACCUCGUCUUCAAGUGGAUCCUCUUUGGAGAGAGACCGUACUGGUGGGUCCACGAGACGGACUAUUACAGAAACACCUCUGCCCCAGAGAUCCAGCAGUUCCCACUCACCUGCGAGACUGGCCCCGGGAGCCCCUCCGGCCACGCCAUGGGUGCAGCAGGCGUGUACUACAUCAUGGUGACGGCCCUCCUCUCCGCUGCCAUGGGGAAAAAACGCUCAAGGACACUCAAAUACUGGGUGCUGUGGAUGGUGCUUUGGACGGGGUUCUGGGCAGUUCAGGUUUGCGUCUGCCUGUCCCGAGUCUUCAUUGCCGCCCACUUCCCCCAUCAGGUCAUCGCAGGUGUCAUCUCAGGGAUGGCUGUGGCCAAGACCUUCCAGCACAUCCACUGCAUCUACCAUGCCAGCCUCCGUCAGUACUUGGGCAUCACCUUCUUCCUCUUCAGCUUCACCCUGGGCUUCUACCUGCUGCUGCGGGCACUCGGUGUGGACCUGCUCUGGACACUGGAGCGGGCACGCAGGUGGUGCGCCCACCCUGAGUGGGUCCACAUUGACACCACCCCAUUCGCCAGCCUGCUCCGUAACCUGGGCAUCCUCUUCGGGCUGGGGCUGGCCCUCCACUCCCACAUGUACCUGGAGAGCUGCCGGGGGAAGCAGGGCCAGCAGCUGCCCUUCCGCCUGGGCUGCAUCGCUGCCUCCCUCCUCAUCCUACACCUCUUCGACGCCUUCAAGCCACCCUCUCACAUGCAGCUGCUCUUCUAUGUCCUCUCCUUCUGCAAGAGUGCGGCCGUGCCGCUGGCCACCGUUGGCCUCAUCCCCUACUGUGUCUCCCAGCUCCUGGCCACGCAGGACAAGAAGGCUGUCUAG